AUGCCAUAUGCUAAAGCAAUUCAAGAAAUUGACAACUCGUUUACCGGUUACCGGUGGUCCUAUUUCUCUUCCCUUGGAGAAGGCCCACUACUUAUACGAGCUCAAAAAUUCCUUCAGUCUACAGAUUGGAAUGCGCUCAUUGAGUAUGCCGCUGCCGCGCGAAACGGAACAGAAUGCAGAUUGUUACCAGAUAUUGGUCUAGGCUACAACCAUGUGGUACGAAUCAUAGAAUUCAAGGAUAACGUGCGAUGGGUUGCAAGGCUCCGCAUGCCACCCUUGUCACAGACUGGAACUCAUUAUGAUUCAGCAAGAAGCAUCAUGGAGUGUGAAUACAACACAAUUCAACUCGUCCAGAAAGAAAGCAAUAUUCUAGACCCACAAGUCUAUGCCUUUGAAGGCGACCCUAACUGCAGGAUAAAUGCGCAGUUCAUGCUGAUGGACUGCCUAAAGGGCAAUGUGGGAAUGGAUCUCAAUAUGAAAGUGCCACCUGAACACAAAAGAUCUGUCUUUGCUAGGCUGGCUGAGAUUCAUAUCGAAAUGUCGAAAAUACAGCUACCGAUGAUUGGGACUAUUGUUGGCAAAAAUGAAGACGGGUCGUAUCGACAAGGUGCCAUACCGGGACUAGGCGGUCCCUUCGAAAGAGCUACGGAGUUUUUUAAGGCAUGGGCCGCUAAGGCUGAAUUCGGUUUAUCAGAAGACAAGCUGAAAAAAGCUGCGGGCUCAUUUGCCAACGAGGUUUCAUCCUCCGGGUCCUCAUUCAAAGCCUCAAUCAAUAGUCUAGCUGAAAGGCUAUCUAUUCGGGACGGAGGCCCAUUCCCAUUAUGUCAUGGAGACUUCGGCCACAAUAACGUGGUUUUCAAUGACAAAUAUCACCUUCUUGGUGUUAUCGACUGGGAGUCAUCGUUUGCGGCACCGUGGGAAAUAGCGUGCGAGUUUCCAUUGACUCUCUCAGUUGUUCCACCUGAUAUGGACGUGCCAUGGAACUAUGAUGCAACAGGCCGCCCAAAAGAUGCAGAACUUCAGCAAAACUUUGCGGACCGAGAAGACUACAUAGCGAUGGAUUCCAAAAGACAAUAUCUAGCGACUGCGAUGAGGUUAUAUCAGAGUGGCAAGCCUGGAUGGUACUCAAAGGUGGUGGAAAGGUUUCUCGACGGGACUGAAGAGCAGUGA